AUGAUUGAGCCAAUUUCUAUUCAUCUUUUAGAAGAAUAAAUUUGGGGCGAUAAGGGUAGUUAAUUGCUAAAUAAUUUAGGAUUGGUAUUAGCAAUUAAAUAAAUUGCUUAAAGUUUUAUAUGAAUUGAAACAAUAUCAAAGUGCUAUUGAAUGUUACAACAAAUCUAUCUCUAUUAAUCCUAAAUAUCGUUCUGCAUGGAAUUACAAGGGUAAAUUAAUUGUUAAAUAAUAAUAUUAGGUAAUGCAUUAGCAGAGUUAAAUUAAUAUCAUGAAGCAAUUGAAUGUUACAACGAAGCUAUUUCUAUUAAUCCUAAAUAUCAUUCUGCAUGGUAUAACAAGGGUAAUUAACUGUUGAAUAUUCAUUUAGGAGUGGCAUUAUAUGAAUUGAAACAAUAUCAAACAGCUAUUGAAUGUUACAACGAAGCCAUUUCUAUUAAUUCUAAAUAUGUUUCUGCAUGGAAUGGAAAGGGUAAUUAAUUGUUAAGUUAUAAUAAUUAGGUAUUACAUUAGCCAGUUUGAAUUAAUAUCAAGAAGCAAUUGAAUGUUACAACGAAGCUUUAUCUAUUAAUUCCAAAUAUAGUUCUGCAUGGCAUAACAAGGGUAAUUAAUUUUUGAAUAUUCAUUUAGGAGUGGCAUUAGCAUAUUUGAAUUAAUAUCAAGAAGCAAUUGAAUGUUACAACGAAGCUAUUUCUAUUAAUCCUAAAUAUGAUUCUGUCUGGUUUAACAAGGGUAGUUAAUUAUUAAAUAUUAUUAUUUAGGAUAGGCGUUAUUUGAUGAGAAAUAAUAUUAAGAGGCUAUUAAUUGUUACAACGAAGCAAUAUCUAUAAAUCCAAGAACUGAUGAUGCAUGGUUUUAAAAGGGUAAUAAAUUGUUUUAUAUUUAUAAAUAGGUUAAGCUUUAUACCAUUUAAAUCAAUAUCAAGAAGCAGUCGAAUGUUACACUGAAGCAAUAUCUAUUAACCCUAUAUCUGAUUAGGUAUAUGAAAGUAAAGGUAAAUUUUUUUUUAUUUAGGUUUAAUCCUACAUAAAUUAAAGAAAUAUAUUGAUGCACUCUCAAAUUUCGAAGAAGCCAUUAAAAUAAAAACUNAAAUAUUAUUUCAAAAUAGUGUUAUAAAGAUCUACUAGCUGAUUUUAUUCGGCAUUUAAAUAAUCAAGCAUUUGGAAAUGGUAUCAUAAUUCUUAUGA